AUGAAGAGAAUUGUACAGAUUUGUUGCCAGCUGCUGCUGCUACUUGGCCUUGCUGCAGGAUCUCGGAUACCUAGAGCUCCCAAUGACACCACUGCCAAUGACUGGAUCCUGGACUACGUAGAACGACACAUGGACAAAAGCGCCAGUCCCUGUGAGGAGUUUCAUCGUUACGCCACUGGCAAGUUUAAAGGAGAGGACGAACAGGACGAUAUCUAUUCCAUUCCCGAUACUAUGAUACUACAUUUCAACGAAAGAUUGCAGUCCGUCCUUGAUCAGCUGAAAGAUCAAGCUUUCACCGAGGCAAACUCAGUAGAGGAGAAGGUUUGGCGCUACUACAACACCUGUCUGACGGCACCCGAGUCUACCCGCUCACCAAGGCACUACCUGGAGCUGGUCUCCUCAGAUGAGAAUCUUACAUGGCCGCAGUUCGCUCAUCGGAGGAGUAAGUGGCCCCAGGAGGAGUUCAAUUGGCUGCAAACCCUGGCCCAGCUCCGUCGCUACGGUAUGGAGAAUUCCAUAAUCAGGAUGAACGUAGUGCCGGACGCCAAGGACAGCACCAAGUUUCUGGUGACUGUAAUUACUCCCGAAGUUGAAAAGUUCCUGAAUGUUGACAUCAUCUCUGACCUGCUGAUCACUAUCGGAGUGGACAGGAGCCAGGCUCAGCCUUUGGCCAGCAAACUAGUUCAACUGGACACGGAACUCUAUAAUUUCACCGCAGAGAACAAGGAAGAAGCGAGGUUAGACGAGGAUGACUUCACCAAUGCAGUGUACACCCUGGACGAGCUGCAAAACCGGACGGGACUGCAUCUUGAGAAAUAUCUCGAGAUAGUCUUUGGCCGCCCCAUCAAUGGGAGCUUUGAGGUCGAGGUGUUGGGGACUAAAUAUCUGGAGGGUCUGGAGGAGAUUCUGCAGAAGUACGACAGCGAUGUGGUGGCCAGCUACCUUAUGGUGAAGUUUGUUCACUUUCUAAUGGCUCUGGAUGGCAGUGAGCCAGAUGGUGAUCCCGGAAGGUGUCUUGAUGCUGUGCGUUUUCAUAUGGAACAAGCCGGCGAUCUCCUGUACGAAGACCAUUACCUGAAACCUGAAAAGCUGCAAAAGUACACGGCGGAAGUCCAGAGGAUCUUUGAGGCCAUUAAGCAGAGUUUCAAAGACAAAUUGGAAAAGAAUCACCUGCACUUGAGCCCGGCGGAAGUCGCUGCUCUCAAGGAGAAACUGCUGGCCAUGACAGUAACCGUUGGCAUACUACCCAGCAAAGCCAAUCAUCGCCGCUUUGUCACCGAUUUCUAUCAGGGUCUGGAGCUUGACUCGAAGCCGGACUUUGCCAAAGCUCAGCUUGAGGUCUUAAAGCUACGAACACGACGAGUGCUGGACCAACUGAAUGGCGCCUAUUCCAAGGACGAAGGCUUCUUCCAGCUCUACGAUGAAAUCUCCAACAACAAUCCCGUGCCCUGGUUCGAAGUAAGCGGAAACACCAUCAUCCUGGCCAUUGAAAUGCUGCGGGAGCCGGUCCUGGCUACUAAAGGGCAACAUGAUGUCUUCAAGGUGAGCCUGCUGGGUUACCUGUUGGCCCGCAAACUGAUGGAGAACUUCACACCGUACUUUUUGCCCUUUGACGGCAAAGGAAACUAUGGAGAAGUGUUGCGUUCCUUCGAGAACUACCCAAGCUAUGUGGAUGCCCUCGCCUGCUUGAAUGCCACUCAAACUAAGAACCUAGCCAAGCGGGUGAUAGAUGUGGUGAGCCUUGGAAUCGCCUACGAUGCUUACUUUGGAGAGAACUCCCAGUUUGACCAGAAGCAGCCGGACUUUACUGAGGUGCCGUUGAAGCAGCUAUUCCUGCUCAGCGUGGCCCAGUGGUUUUUGGGUGAUGCCAAGUAUCUGGAUUACGGAGUAGCAGACCAGGAUGAUGUGCGUCUCAACCAGGCAAUAAGAAAUCUUCCUUACUUUGCUGAGAUUUUCAACUGUCCAACAUCUGCGGUCCUGAAUCCAACAGACAAGUGCCAGGUCUGGUGA